AUGGGGAAGGAUAUUAGUCUAUCGCUAGAAGAGACCAAUCGACUUCGAGUCAGUAUAGGAUUGAAGCCUAUACCGAUACCUAAAGUCGCAAGUGAAAGAGAGUUACGGUCGCGAGGAGAUGAACUUCCUGAGGAACCACGUCGGAAGCGGACUAAAUUACAACCAGUUAAGAUUCAAUAUCUUGACGAAGAGGAAAGUCGCCAGGAUGAUGAGGAAAUGUCUACAAUGGACUUUCUCAAUCAACUCGACCAAAUAGGGAAGCAAGAGAAGGCAAACACACAUUCAAAUGUUAAGGCUACCACAACAAUACAAGAACAACCAAUUCCAGAAGUGUCUGUUUCCCAUUUAGAGGCAGAUAUUGAAGCAUUGGAGUCGAAUACCGUGUUAACUCUUGGGGAUAAGUCAAUUUUUGUGGACGGAGAAGAUGAAGAUGAUGACGAAGGUGAUGAAUUGGUGAAUGAGAAGAUUAUACUACGUGAAAAGACACGAGCUCGUGAAGAAGAAGAACGUAAGAUUGCAGACAGACAUCACAGGAAGUUUGGUGGGUUUAUGGAGGAAGAACUUCAGAAUGACUUAGUUCUGGCACCAUCGAAGGGGAUACGAAUUGUAUCACACGUCGCUGCCAACGAUAAGCUAAAGUCAAAAGAAGAGAGUAAAACAGAGUCCUUGAAGCAUAUAUUUGAAGAAGAUCAAGAAGAACUCGACCAGAGUCGACCAGAAACAAAGAAGUCAUUUAAAAGGAUAAAGAAGAAAGAAAAGAAGAAGAAAAUUGAUCGACUAGAUAGCAUUUUUGACGAAAAUUCAGCUGAUGUUCCUUCUAUUCAAGAGGUCAAACUAGAAAAUUUUCAUAAUCAAGGACCUGAUGAAGAGGAUGAAUUUUCUAAUCUUAUGUCGUUACAACGUCGGCGUAGGCAACAGCAAUCCCGAGGGAAAAUGAAAGCUGAAGACAUUGCAUUAGAAAUCAAGAAGCUUCAACGGAACGAAGAAUUAGAGGAGGAAAUUAGUAGUGCAUUCGUCGGUGGAAUUAUUUAUGAUGAUAACUCUGAGUUUCUCAACUCACUCAGCUCCAGAGUAUUGCCAAUUGACAAUAAUAAGGCAGAGGAAACAGAGGAAACGGAAAUUACUACGCCAAUGGAACCAACCCAAGCUGUUGAAAAGCAAAACGAGUCACCCAUUAAGAAGGAAGAAGAGAAAGUGAAAACAGCUACGAGAACGACCGGAGAUACUACCGGAGAUAAGACUGACGUUAAUCCAGAUCUGGAACAAGCUAUUGGGGAUGGAAUUGGGAGCACAUUACGAUUAUUGCAACAAAGAAAUAUUCUUCAAGUACAAGAUGAAGAACGGGCUAAAAGCGAAAGAGUUCAAAGAGUUGCUCGAAGGAAGGCUGAGCUUAUGAGGUUCCAGAUUUCAGUGGAAGAGCGGAUUCUUGAAGAGGAACUUUCAAAAGAUAAAUCGUACAAAAAGUUAUCUAAAGAAGAGAAGGAGAAACGGUAUGAGACUUUGCUAGAUGAACGAUUACAAGCCAAGAAUCUUGUUAAUGGAACCUCUGAGAUUACUAGUUUCAAUCCCAAAGUUGUAUUGCAAUAUAAAGAUGAUGAAGGGAAGGAAUUGGAUACCAAAGGGGCGUUCAAACAUCUUUCACAUAAAUUCCACGGAUCUAAGAAAAGGUGA